UGAGAUGGGACCCACAUUGAGCCUUGAUUGGUCUCCCGCUCUCUUAUAAAAAAUUGUACAUUUCCCUUUGGCCUUUUCAUCUAUUCCAUUUUUCAUUUCCUAAGGCGAAAAGCUUUGGGAAAGUCGCAGUUUCAAUAAAUUCCACAAAGGAUUUUGCUUAUAAAGCAACUGAAUUUUUAUUGAAUUCCUCCUGUAAAGCUUCAAAGGGAGGAAGAUGGAUUAUGUUUAUGGGCCAGGAAGGAACCACCUCUUUGUUCCGGGACCUGUCAAUAUCCCGGAACAGGUCACUCGUGCAAUGAACAGAAACAAUGAGGAUUAUCGUUCUCCAGCCAUUCCAGCACUUACAAAAACUCUUCUUGAGGAUGUCAAGAAAAUUUUCAAGACUACCUCUGGAACCCCUUUUUUGAUUCCAACCACAGGAACUGGUGCAUGGGAAAGUGCACUAACAAACACAUUGUCUCCUGGUGAUCGAAUUGUAUCAUUCCUGAUUGGCCAAUUCAGUUUGCUCUGGAUUGAUCAACAGCAACGCCUUAACUUCAAAGUUGAUGUUGUUGAAAGUGACUGGGGUCAAGGGGCAAAUCUUGAGGUUUUGGCCUCGAAGAUAGCAGAAGAUAAAGCACAUACCAUUAAGGCCAUUUGCAUUGUACACAAUGAGACAGCAACUGGAGUGACCAACAACUUGGCCACUGUGAGAAAAAUACUUGAUCACUAUCAGCACCCGGCGCUCUUUCUGGUUGAUGGGGUAUCCUCCAUCUGUGCUCUUGAUUUCCGCAUGGAUGAAUGGGGUAUUGAUGUAGCUCUCACAGGUUCACAGAAAGCUCUUUCUCUUCCAACUGGGAUGGGACUCAUCUGCGCGAGUCCCAAGGCCCUAGAAGCCACUAAAACUGCAAAAUCAGUCAGAGUUUUCUUCGACUGGAACGAUUACUUGAAGUUUUAUAAGAUGGGAACAUAUUGGCCAUACACCCCUUCCAUCCAGCUUCUGUAUGGGCUAAGAACAGCUUUGGACCUCAUUUUCGAGGAAGGUCUUGACAAUGUAAUUGCAAGGCACGGCCGACUUGCCAAAGCAACAAGACUUGCAGUUGAGGCAUGGGGUUUGAAGAAUUGCACCCAAAAGGAGGAAUGGUUCAGUGACACGGUCACUGCUGUGGUGGUUCCACCAUAUAUUGACAGCUCUGAAAUUGUUAAAAGGGCAUGGAAGCGAUACAACUUAAGCUUAGGUCUGGGGCUUAACAAAGUAGCUGGAAAGGUUUUCAGAAUAGGGCAUCUUGGAAACCUGAACGAGUUACAACUACUAGGCUGUCUUGCCGGAGUGGAGAUGGUACUUAAGGAUGUCGGUUACCCGGUGAAGCUUGGUAGUGGCAUUGCAGCUGCUUCUGCAUACUUAUCCAAUACUACUCCCUUAAUCCCUUCGAGGAUUUGAUUCAAGAAUUUAAAAAUGUAACUAUUUCUCCUCUUACCAUAUGGGUUCUACUGUAAAAAUUGCACAAUCCCCUCAUUCGUACUUGAGGCUUUGAAUUUCAUCGCUGUUGUUUAUGGACCUUUUAUAUCUAAAUCUUUGAACAUAGCAUUGGCUUUUCU